UCAGCAUUUUUUAUUAUAAUUAUUGAGAGAAAAGAAUAAAAGUGAUUGUUUUUAAUAUAAAAUUGUUUUGUAAAAUUAUUUUUCAAAUAUGACCACUGUUCGUCGAUCGACAAGACUAAGCAGUGUUGGUAGAUCAACACCUACACCGUCAGCUGGAAGCAUACAAACACCAUCACGGCGAUCAGAAGUUUGGCGUAGACGCCAAACAAAGCAUUGUACAACAAGUGACGAGGAAGAAGAAAGCACUUUGAGCAAAUCCCCAACGUUAGCAGAAAUAGAUAAAGAAAAUACUAAAACUACCAACAUUAUGAGUAAAGCGAAAGGUAAAGCACAGGCAAAAGUGAAAGAAUUAAACGAUGUUCAGGAACCUAAAACACCACGUCGGGUAAAAGCAGUACGUACUUCAACAUCUUGCAGAACAACGCCACAAGCAAAAAAAAGGGGUAAUCAAGAGCAAAAUAAUCAAAGUGAAGACGAACGUGAUGUAGAAGACUCUGGACAAAAUGUAUCUCCACCAAAGUUAGCACGUUGGAAGCACAAAACUGAGUUGAUCAGCCCUUCCAGAUUAAUUGAUAGAUUAAGUAUUGACGAACGUAAGCAAAUAGACAGUGAUGAAGAAGAUCAUCACACGCCCACAAAAAGAGAAAAAGAAGAAACACAGGUAACACCUACACGUAACAAAUAUCAAAGUGCACGACGUGUGCUAAAUAGUGCAGAAACGCAACAUUUACCGGGACGCGAGCAACAGCUGCAAGAGUUAAGAGAUUUUUUUCAAGAGCAUUUAGAGGAACAACGUUCCGGUAGUUUGUAUGUUUCAGGUCAACCAGGUACUGGCAAAACUGCUUGUCUUUCAUUGCUUUUAAGGUCGUCUGAGUUGUCAAAACAAUUACAAUGUGUUUACAUAAAUUGUACGUCAAUUGCUAGUAUAAAUGGUGUCUAUAAGAAGCUAUGUACCGAGCUCAAGUUACAUCCUGCUGGACGAACUGAACGAGAUUAUCAAGCAGCUGUACAGCAACACUUACGUACAGCCCGUCGUAUGUUACUUAUUGUUUUAGAUGAAAUCGAUCAACUCUGCAGUACAAAACAAUCAGUGCUUUACACUAUUUUCGAGUGGCCUUCAUUACCAGGAGCGCGGCUCCUUUUGGUGGGCAUAGCUAAUAGUCUUGACCUCACCGAACGCACUUUGAUGCGUCUAAAUGCCCGUUGUGAACUAAAGCCACAGCAUAUGCAUUUUCCACCAUACACCAAGCAACAAAUUGUCGAAAUAUUUCGAGCACGCCUAGAAGAAGCUGGUGUGCUGGAAGUUUUUCCCCCUGUUACAUUGCAACUCUUAGCAGCUAAAGUCAGUGCUGUGAGUGGAGAUGUACGGCGUGCAUUGGAUAUUGGCAGAAGAGUAGCCGAAAUAGCGGAGCAACAAAUGAAGUUAGGACAGAAAAAAAUUAAUCUUGAUAGUUUGGCUUUGGGAGAGAAUGAUGCUGAAAAUACUGAAGAAGUUGUUUUAAAACCUGUACAAGUGACACAAGUCGCUGAGGUGUUAAAUAAAGUCUAUGGUGUUUCACAGAAUUUACAAGAAGACAUAGAAGACUCGUUUCCACUGCAACAAAAGAUUGUGUUAUGCAGCUUAAUGUUGAUGCUACGAAAAGAACGUAAUAAAGACAUAACUAUAGGACGAUUGCACGAGGUCUAUCGACGUGUAUGUGUUAAACGUAACAUACACGCUUUGGAUCAAGCAGAAUUUGCCGGACUAGUUGACUUAAUUGAGACACGUGGCAUACUACGAAUCAUGCGUAAGAAAGAACCACGCCUAUGCAAAGUAGUGCUACAAUGGGACGAAGAAGAAGUGAAUGGCGCUUUGAGGGACAAACAGUUGAUUGCUUCAAUAUUGGACGACACCGCUUGCCUAGGAAAUAAAUAGCAACUUACUUACUCUAAAUGGUGGUGUAUAAUCAAAUCAAAAUAAGACCCUAUUAUUUAUUGAAAACAACUUUAAAUCAAAUUAAUUUUAAUAAGCCUUGUUACGCAAUGUUUUAUUCAUUAAAAUAAAAAAAAAAAUCAUAUUGAUCAUACAGUUCACAGUGCAUACAUUUUGUAGGUUAAGUUUUUUCAAAAACGCCGACGAAAGAAAUGGAUGUGAAAUGUUGUGUGACUAAUUAAAGUUAAUUCAGCUCAAAAUUAUCGAAAGCUUACAAUCUUUGUUUAUAUGCACAUACAAAAUUAUAUAUGUAUAUACAUAUCUCUUUUGAAUCGGCAACAAACUAAAUAGUUUUUAGUUUUCUAAACGAAAAUGUACAGUGCACCUAUAAACCAUGGCAUUUGUUUGUGUUUGUGCAGUUGGCGACAUUCGUUUGUUCUUGACAAUUUAAAGGUGUAUAUUGUUUUUAAAAUAUCGUCGCAAUUUCUCUGUGUAUUAAGGGGGAAGAGUGCAGUAAAAUGUGCAAGCAUAAAUAGUAUAUAUUUGGAUUCCUUCGUAAAUAUACUUUGACCAUGAAAAUGUACGUUUACAAAUAUGUAUGCUUUUAUUCGUUGUUGAUGUAAUUAAUUUUAGAUUUUACACAAUAUAUUUAAAAAUUGCGAAACAAAAAUAGAUUCGAUCGAAAAAUAAAAACGCUUCAGCGUUAGUUUUUAGUGGUGAUUUUUCAAACCACCGAAAAACAAUGAACAAUAAGAGCUUAAAUGCAUAUGUUGACAUUUAAACAUAUUUCAAUAACAAAAAAGCGAGAGCAAUCAAAUAAUCUUGAAAAAUAAUUUGCACACGAAAUUUGUGAAAAAGUGAAAAUGGACGUGACGAAGCAGGUGUGGUCUAAUUAAAUUUGUUUACUGCAAAUGGUGUCGAUAUAUAUAUGUGUACUCAUGUUUGUAAAUACAUGAAAAAGUUUGAAUGUAAAGCAAUAUCUAUUAUUUAUAUUAAUAAGUGAUUAUUCAUAACUGCAGAAACUUUCUUUAUUUUCGAGAAUACUGUCGUCUUUUAUAUGUCCUCCAAGCAUCGUUUACAAAAUUAUAUUAUCGAAUUUGUCUUGUACUUGUUGAAAGUAAAAUUGAAAUGUGCAUAAAUACAUGAUAUAAAAAUUUUCCGCUCCCAUAAAUAUACGUCUAUUUACUCAAUUCGCCUAAAUCUCAGAUUAAUCACUUUAAUUUAGAGAGAAAAUAUAAUUUGUGCCUGAAAAGUCUGCUACUUUGUUUAUGGCUUUGUAAAAGCAAAUAUUUCAAACAAAUACAUACGUACAUACAUUGUGCUAUAUACAAAAUACUAUACAGGAUGUGCACGCAUACAUUUGCAUAGUCAGGCUUUAGUGAGUCCUAAAAGUCAAAAUGAUAAUGCGAGAAUAAAUUUAUUUUACAACAAAUGUUUAUAGGCGUGGUGUUCCAAAUACAAACAUGUACUAUGCCUAUAUGUGUGUGUCUGUUGCUGCUACCCAACCACAGCGAAAGUAUAAAUUGUAGCAGUAAUAAUGUAUCCGACAGACUUUAAUGUUAAUUUUCAUUUUCGUACAGCUAUUUUUUCAUUUUUUAUUUCAAAUAAU